GCCACUACUAGCGACCGCACAGUCUGAUAGUUUAUAUAUCAAUGAUGAAAUAUUAACAUUGCAACACAUGCCAAUACGGCCGCUUUAGUUUACUAAAUUGCAAUUUUAAAUUUUGCGCGGAAGUAUAAUGCUAAAACGAUGACCAGUGCGCGUGACGUCACGCAUUGUAGAGGACAUCUUGUUCCAGCACAGUUCCUAGCUAUAAGUCGUCUGUUUUUAUCGCAUACUUCCACAGUUUUAUGGGCAUCUGUGUUGCUGAAUCUUUUGCAAUUUGUUCAAUGAAUAAUGGAGACGUCAAAGAAGAAAGCUGUAGAUGGGAUGCGGUGUAUUGCGGCCGCCUUUAGCAACACAAACACAGCCGGUGUUUUAUUGUUUACAUUCCCGAAAGAUGACGGUGAAGCUUUACUAUGGAACAGAGCGGUCAAGCGAACAGGGUUGGAUUGGACCACACACUCAAAGUACAGUGUAUUAUGCAGCGAUCAUUUCAAAAGAUCGUGUUUCGAAGAGGGUACCUUGCAAAGGGUAGAGAUGGGCAUCGCCACUACCCGUCAACUGGUGCUGAAGAAAGAUGCGGGGCCGACCUUCAGGUUGUACAGACGUCUCUGAAGAAUAUCGUCUCCCUGAGCAGCAAGGGUGGCGCUUCAGGAUGGAGCAGGAGGAGCCACAGCCCUCCCGCAUUAAAGAGGAAGAUGAGGCGCCGCAGUCCCUGCACAUUAAAGAGGAAGAAGAGAGCCCACUAAACCCCCACGUUAAAGAAGAAGAGGAGGACCCGCCGCCCCUUCACAUUAAAGACGAAGAGGAGGAACACAGCAUCAGUCAGGAGUUCCCGGUCAUUGUUGUGAUUGUGAAGAGUGAAGAUGACGAGGUCACAGGUGAUGGAGACCACUGUGGAGGAUCACAAGCAGACAAGCUCUUAGCUCCACUAUCAGAUAGUGAGGACACAACGUCACAACUCUCCUGACACUGAUGAUGAAGACUCUAAAGACGAUAAGACACGUCACGCUGACAACACGCGCUUCACGUGCUCUCUCUGCGACAAAACCUUUAAAUACCGUUGCCGUCUGCUAAGACACAUGAGGACGCACACCGGAGAAAAACCUUUCCCCUGCUCAGAAUGCGACAAAAGGUUUGCGCGGAAAAAACGAGUUGAAAGUGCACACCAGAACGCACACCGGGGAAAAACCGCAUUUAUGUUCAAUAUGCGGUAAAGAUUUCACCCGGAAGCACCAUUUGAAAAACACACAUCCGGAUACACACCGGGGAAAAACCUUUUUCCUGCUCCGAGUGCGGCAAACGGUUCGUGACGAACAAAUACCUGAAAUUACACAUGAGAAGGCACACGGGAGAAAAACCAUUCAUGUGUUCAAUUUGCGGCCGGAGAUUCACCCAGAAGGCAUAUUUAUUAAGACACACACGGAUACACACCGGCGAAAAACCCUUCGUAUGUUCAGUUUGUGGUAAAGGUUUUAUACAAAGUCCGCAUUUGGCCGUACACAUGAGAACACACACGGGAGAGAAAGUGUUGAGUUGCAGUGUGUGUGGUGAAAGAUUCUCUUCUAAGUACCAGUGUAAGAAACACAAGUGUGCUGGUGAGAACAGCAGCAGCACAUGAAGAUGCCAUCCAUCCAUUUUAUACCGCUUGUCCCGUUAGGGGUGGCAGGGGGGUGAAGAUGCAGGACUGUCCAAACUUUGACUUUCUAACAACAUCAGCACAUAUAACAUGUGUGACAUCAUUGUUGUGUGUGUAACACAAUCUUGUUAAUAUGAUUCUAACAUUUAUAGAUUAGACACUUCAGAUUAGUGCUUUUAUUUCAGUCAAGUACAUGAGUUAAUAUACACAUUUGUGUACUUUAAAAUGAACACAACAAUUUGACUGAACGGGUGAGAAUAAACAGUACAUAAAUAUGUUACAUAGAGUAAAUACCACAAUAGUGUUUUUAUGGACGUUUCGUUAAAUAAUGAAGUUUUAUAUAUUGUAAUUUCUAUUUGUGCAUGAUUCCAUGGAUCAACUCCUUUAUAUGAUGUACAUCUUUGUUUUACAUGUGUUCAUACCUUUGAUUUUGAGUACACAUAAAUAUAUGGGCGGUACUUGUAUAGCGCUUUUCUACCUUCAAGGUACUCAAAGCGCUUUGACACUACUUCCACAUUCACCCAUUCACACACACAUUAUCAAUCAAUCAAUCAAUGUUUACUUAUAUAGCCCUAAAUCACUAGUGUCUCAAAGGGCUGCACAAACCACUACGACAUCCUCGGUAGGCCCACAUAAGGGCAAGGAAAACUCACACCCAGUGGGACGUCGGUGACAAUGAUGACUAUGAGAACCUUGGAGAGGAGGAAAGCAAUGGAUGUCGAGCGGGUCUAACAUGAUACUGGGAAAGUUCAAUCCAUAAUGGAUCCAACACAGUCGCGAGAGUCCAGUCCAAAGCGGAUCCAACACAGCAGCGAGAGUCCCGUUCACAGCGGAGCCAGCAGGAAACCAUCCCAAGCGGAGGCGGAUCAGCACCGCAGAGAUGUCCCCAAGCCGAUACACGGGCAAGCAGUACAUGGCCACCGGAUCGGACCGGACCCCCUCCACAAGGGAGGGGGGGACAUAGGAGAAAAAGAAAAGAAACGGCAGAUCAACUGGUCUAAAAAGGGAGUCUAUUUAAAGGCUAGAGUAUACAAAUGAGUUUUAAGGUGAGACUUAAAUGCUUCUACUGAGGUGGCAUCUCGAACUGUUACCAGGAGGGCAUUCCAGAGUACUGGAGCCCGAAAUGAAAACGCUCUAUAGCCCGCAGACUUUUUUUGGGCUUUGGAAUCACUAAUAAGCCGGAGUCCUUUGAAGGCAGAUUUCUUGCCGGGACAUAUGGUACAAUACAAUUAGACACUGAUGGAGAGACCAAGGGUGAAGUGUCUUGCUCAAGACACAACGGACGGUUUAGUUCUUUGGUUAAACUGUUUUUAGCAACAAAAAAAUCAACACAUUUCGUUAUUAGAUGUAGAUUUACACAAAUAAUACAGCAUUGUUCAGAAUUAUUCUGAAAUAAUGGCUAUAAUGUUUUUCUAAUAUUCUUACUCGGAUCUUCAGGAGUCGUUCAAUUCAAAGAGUCGUUCAAAACACUGGCUCGUUAUUAUGAUUAGCUCUUUUUUAAAUUGUUUUUAGCAACAAAAAAAUCAACACAUUUCGUUAUUAGAUGUAGAUUUACACAAAUAAUACAGCAUUGUUCAGAAUUAUUCUGAAAUAAUGGCUAUAAUUGUUGUUGUAAUAUUCCUACCCGGCUCUUCAGGAGUCGUUCCAUUCAAAGAGUCGUUCAAAACACUGGCUCGUUAUUAUCAUUAGCUCUUUUUUAAACUGUUUUUAGCAACAAAAUAAUCAACAGUAAUAAUACUGUAUUGUUCAGGAUCAUUCUGAAAUAAUGGCUAUAAAUUGGGUUGUAAUAUUCCUAUUCGGAUCUUCAAGAGUCGUUCAAAACACUGGCUCGUUAUUAUGAUUAGCUCUUUUUUAAACUGUUUUUAGCAACAAAAAAAAUCAACACAUUUCGUUAUUAGAUGUAGAUUUACACAAAUAAUACAGCAUUGUUCAGAAUUAUUCUGAAAUAAUGGCUAUAAUUGUUUUUUUAAUAUUCCUACUCGGAUCUUCAGGAGUCGUUCCAUUCAAAGAGUCGUUCAAAACACUGGCUCGUUAUUAUGAUUAGCUCUUUUUUCAACUGUUUUUAGCAACAAAAUAAUCAACAAUAAUAAUACUGUAUUGUUCAGGAUUAUUCUGAAAUAAUGACUAUAAAUUGGGUUGUAAUAUUCCUAUUCGGAUCUUCAAGAGUCGUUCAAUUGAAAGAGCCGUUCAGAACACUGGCUCGUUAUUAUGAUUAGCUAUUUUUUAAACUGUUUUUAGCAACAAAAUAAUCAACACAUUUCGUUAUUAGAUGUAGAUUUACACAAAUAAUACAGCAUUGUUCAGAAUUAUUCUGAAAUAAUGGCUAUAAUUGUUUUUGUAAUAUUCCUACUCGGAUCUUCAGGAGUCGUUCCAUUCAAAGAGUCGUUCAAAACACUGGCUCGUUAUUAUGAUUAGCUCUUUUUUAAACUGUUUUUAGCAACAAAAUAAUCAACAGUAAUAAUACUCUAUUGUUCAGGAUCAUUCUGAAAUAAUGGCUAUAAAUUGGGUUGUAAUAUUCCUAUUCGGAUCUUCAAGAGUCGUUCAAUUCAAAGAGCCGUUCAAAACACUGGCUCGUUAUUAUGAUUAGCUCUUUUUUAAACUGUUUUUAGCAACAAAAUAAUCAACAAUAAUAAUACUGUAUUGUUCAGGAUUAUUCUGAGAUAACGGCUAUAAAUUGGGUUGUAAUAUUCCUAUUCGGAUCUUCAAGAGUCGUUCAAUUGAAAGAGCCGUUCAAAACACUGGCUCAUUAUUAUGAUUAGCUCUUUUUUAAACUGUUUUUAGCAACAAAAUAAUCAACAGUAAUAAUACUGUAUUGUUCAGGAUCAUUCUGAAAUAAUGGCUAUAAAUUGGGUUGUAAUAUUCCUAUUCGGAUCUUCAAGAGUCGUUCAAUUCAAAGAGCCGUUCAAAACACUGGCUCGUUAUUAUGAUUAGCUCUUUUUUAAACUGUUUUUAGCAACAAAAUAAUCAACAAUAAUAAUACUGUAUUGUUCAGGAUUAUUCUGAGAUAACGGCUAUAAAUUGGGUUGUAAUAUUCCUAUUCGGAUCUUCAAGAGCCGUUCAAUUCAAAGAGCCGUUCAAAACACUGGCUCGUUAUUAUGAUUAGCUCUUUUUCAACUGUUUUUUAGCAACAAAAUAAUCAACAGUAAUAAUGCUGGUAUUGUUCAGGAUCAUUCUGAAAUAAUGACUAUAAAUUGGGUUGUAAUAUUCCUAUUCGGAUCUUCAAGAGUCGUUCAAUUGAAAGAGCCGUUCAGAACACUGGCUGGUUAUCUGUCAAACAUAGUGGCCACCUUAUUGACCGUGUGAGCAGCUUCGAUUGCUCCAAAGCCACUUUGUAACUUCAAUUGUAGAAGAAGAGCCACCUGUUGGACUUUUCAAGUUUGCUGUGAGUUUGUUCCAUUCCUUUACGGCUUUAUAUGAAAAGGCUGAUUGUGCAAAAUAUGUUUUACAUCUAGUGAAUAAGCGGUAGAAAUUGGAUGGAUGGAUGUUUUACAUCUGGGUGCACUACACUGCCCCCUGGUGGAGGCUCCUGUGUUUCUCGUUGUCACAGCAGAUGCAAACUGGACAAAGUGCUUAAGUGGCGCUGGUGCCGUGUUAUUUGGGAUUCAAUGGGCCAUUCGUAUUGGUGCUAAUCUCUUUGUGUUUCCAUGAGUUCCCGGCCAAAAGACAAAUCCCUCUUAGUUCAUAUUUACUGGUUCACAUCUGAAACAUCUUCUGGACCACUUCUGGAAGCAUAUUAUUGUUUACUUUAUACAUCAUUUGAACAGUUGUCUUUUUUACUAUUUUAAAAUGUGUGACUUUAUGAAUCAUUUGUUGGGUCUCUAUAAUCCAUUCUAUGAAUUAUCUUUAUUACUCUCUUGUGUAAUAUGAAUAUUGUUGUGUGAUUGUUUUAUAUGUAUGUCCCCAGACCUUUAUGCAAUAAACAAUGUAUGCUUCAACUAAA